AUGUCUACUAAUAAAGGCGUAUCAUACGCUGAGAACUCUGCAUUGCAGAAACGAAGGUAUGAUAUAUUUUAUGUCACUCUUUCUGAACCAGGAGCUGUACAACCUUGGAGGGUGCUGUUCCUACAGUGCAGAGUCCUGUUGUCUCACAGCUUUGGGGGUGCCGUUCCUAGUGAGACAUACGUUCGAUUUACUUCAACAGAAAUCAAUGAAAUUAUUAAUAAGGAAAUGGAGUUAAUACCGGAUAUAGAUGAAGAACGCCUAGCUUAUAUUAAUAGUUUUGCAAAGGAAUCAACAAGUAAGAUACAUGAAGCGUUGAAUACACAACACUCUAAACUUGCAUCAGAAACAGGCCAUGAGUGGAAAGAAGAAUCUGACACAAAACUAUUAAAAGAGGAAACUCUAAAAGACAUCUUCAUUGAGCUUUCCCGAAAGGUGGAUUUUUAUGAGGAUAAAAUUCGUAAAAUAAAUGCUCCAGGAUUUAUCCAUUCAGGUAUAUAUGAUACCGAUUAUAAUAUUUAUAUGUUCUGCGAUUCAGACUUACUUAACACUAAUAUUUUACAGCCAUGUGAAGUGUAUGCUGAUGUAAAAAAUUUUUACAAAACAUUAGAUGUUCUUGUAUCUAUAAUAUAUGCUAAGCUUGAAAUAUUUGAAAUAAUGAAAAUUAUUGAUUUACAAUGCUGGAAAAAUAAAAGAAAAGUAAAAAAAGUAGACAUUAGCAUUUCUGAAUGUCAUCCGUCACCAAAGAAGAAAAAAACCCAGGCAGUAGUUAUCUUUUUUUGUCUGAACUUGUAUAAAACAAUUAAACAACAAUUGGAGAAUCAGUAUAAAUCCUGA